AUGCACCCUCAUCUCGAAAAAACCACCUCAGGCUCAUCUCCAAAUAUCUCCACUCCCAAAAUGGAAAGCAAACCCAAGGGCCAACCCUCAAGACACGGUAAAAAGGCAUGGAGAAAAAACAUUGAUGUUGAUGACAUCCAGGCUGGCUUGGAAGCAAAGAGAGAGAAUGAGGUUUUAUUGGGAGAUGACUCGGAUUUCAUAAUUGAUAACGAGGGUGACAGCAAAUCGAAGACCCCAGCCUUUAUAAGGAAGACGUCUGAGAUCUUGGCCAACAAGUCCAAAGUUCCUUCUGUUUCCUCGAGAAAAGUCAAGCACAAAGUCAGCAAGUCCCAGGCGAAUAGAUUGAUGGCUUUGGCUGGUCGUCUGGUUACCACAUCGAAAGUUCAAGCUAGAAGUGAAAAGGAAGGCAUUAUCAGAGCAUCUUCGCUUGAUGUCUGGGGUACUGCCUCUGAGGAGGAGUUGCCUGAAGUAUACAAGAAGACGCCCUUUUUGUCUUACACCGCAGCGAAGAAGGCUCCAAAAACUUUAUCUCAUCAGCCUGUGGCUCUUGAAACUCCAGCUCCACUUGAAACUGUGAUCCACGCUGGUAAGUCUUACAACCCGGACUUAAAAUCCUGGAAGGAUUUGAUCAACAAGGAAUUUAACCUCGAAAAUAGCAUAGAAAUGAAGCGUCAAGAGAUGGAGGAGCACCAAAAGCGCAUUCAGUACUUGAUUGCCACGUUGGAUGACAAGGAAUUCGAAGAGUCUGAUGACGAAGAAGGAAAGGAGGAAGAAGGUGCUGGAGAAAACGAAGACGAAGACGAUUCCUACAAGCUUUCACUCAAUGAAAGAACAGAAUUGAAGAUCAAGACGAAAACACGCAGAAAUAAAGAAAUGAGACAUAAGCAGAGAUUAGAACUUGAGAAGAAGCUUAAAGACUUGAAAAAGCAAAUUCAUGACUUGUCCAACUUGGAAACAAUUGAAAGCGAAGUUGAAAAGAAGUUGCUGUCUGUUAAGAAGAGAUCUGAGAGAAAAUACCGUCGUCAUGGUAAACAUGAAGUUGGUUCACGAAUGAGGGGAGUUUCGAUGAUGACCAGCAUUGAGACCAUGAACCAGAAGUACUCUAUAUGA